AUGACCUUAUAGAGUUUCUGCAAGUAAAAAUGGGCAUAUCUAUUCAAGUUAUUUAGAAUAUUAGUGCUCAUAUAACCAUCUCUCAUUUUUGGUGACGCUAACAAGUUAUGGAAUGAAGUAGAAUCUGUAAUGACUGAUACUAUCUUGAUACAUUGUUCAGCUCAAUCAAAUACAUAUUUUACUGUUUUUUCUAUAUACUGCAAUGAUUUUAUCAAUUUUAUUUGCUCUACUUUUAAAAAGAACUAGCUUUUGUCCUACAGCUCUACUUAAUCGUUUAAUGUAGGAUUAUUACUUAAUUUAUUGAAUUUCUUUAUCAUGUAAAUCAAAAAUGUUUAGCUAAUUGGAUUAUUUACUAAACCACAUUUAUUUGAUUAGUUUCCAGAUUUAUUAGUUCUCUAUUUGAGUUAUGCGAUUUUGAAAAAUAUGGAUUAACAAGUAAAUAAGAAAAAUGUUUUUGACAUCAUUUUUGUUGACCUGCUUGGUCAACUCAUUGUUACAUUCUUUUUUAAGCAACAAGAAUAUCUCUUAUCAAUAUUUAUUUUUCUAAGAAUAGCCUAAUACUCUUUGGUGAAGCUUACUUCUAAAAGUAUUGACAUAGUUAAGGAAGCUUCAUCAAAGAAAGAGUGUCUAUCGUAGAUAAUCAAAUCUUGUGAAAAUCUAAUUAAUAGAGAAGUCCCUUGCUUUGAUAUAGAUUUUAAUAUCAUAAAUGUUGAAAAGUAUAAUUGGAAUAAAGAAGAUAUAAAAGAAGAAAUUAAAAAACUAAUUUAAAUUUUAGCUUACUGCCAAUUCAAUCUAGACUGCUUUAAGUUAAAAAUGAGAGGAUUGGAGUUGGUUGUAUCAUUACCCCAAAAAAAAGAUAUUAUAUUUCCUUUCAGUUUUGACUUUUCAAAGAGAGAUUUGAUAAGCUAUCUAUGUAAAUCAGAGCAUCUUUUAGAGAAUUCAAAAGGAAUAUAUUGGUUGAAUAACAUAUACGUAAAUUAAAGGGAGUUCGAGCUUAUAAGUUAAAUAAGACUCAUUGAUUUUCCAAUGUCUAAACCUGUUAUUUAUAGAAAAUAAGUUUAUAAACAGAGCAAAGAAAUGCUUAUGAUCCUUGCAUAUAAAAAAUACAUGGAAUUAGAAAUGUUAUUUUGCUCUUAGCAAAUAUUGUAUGACUUGUAUUAAAAUUUAAUUGAAUGA